CCGAUGAAGGAGGCCGACGCAAUCAAGCUUUUUGUGGGGCAGAUUCCCCGGAAUCUGGAGGAGAAGGACCUCAAGCCUAUCUUCGAGCAGUUUGGCAAGAUCUAUGAGCUCACUGUGAUAAAGGACAAAUACACUGGCAUGCACAAAGGAUGUGCGUUUCUGACGUACUGUGCAAGAGAGUCGGCCCUGAAAGCCCAGAGCGCCCUACACGAGCAGAAAACACUACCGGGGAUGAAUCGACCAAUCCAGGUAAAACCAGCUGACAGCGAAGGUAGAGGAGGUGAGACUUGUAUUCUUUCCUUUCCUCAACAUUUCAUCGGUGUCUCAGAGGACAGGAAGUUGUUUGUGGGCAUGCUGGGAAAGCAACAGAGCGACGAAGACGUCAGAAGGCUGUUUGAGCCCUUUGGCAGCAUAGACGAGUGUACUGUGUUGAGAGGACCUGACGGCACCAGCAAAGGAUGUGCAUUCGUAAAAUUCCAGGGACACGCUGAAGCCCAGGCUGCAAUCAACAGCUUGCACGGGAGCCGCACAAUGCCUGGAGCGUCGUCCAGUCUGGUUGUGAAGUUCGCAGACACAGAGAAGGAGCGGGGGCUGAGGAGGAUGCAGCAGGUGGCCUCCCAGCUUGGCAUCUUCAGCCCCAUGACCCUGAACUUCCCUGCCUACAAUGCCUACACGCAGGCACUUGUCCAACAGCAGGCCCUGGUUGCCCAGUCAGCGUACUUGUCUCCUGUGGCAACAGUCGCCGCCGUACAGAUGCAGCAGAUGGCGGCACUCAAUGCCAACGGAAUCAUUGCCACACCCAUUACACCCAUCACACCGUCCUCGGGUACAAACACUCCACCUACUAUUGCAGCAACGCCUGUGCCAGCUCUCCCUCCACCAAUAGGAGUGAACGGUUACGGCAGUGUGUCAGCCCCGACCAAUGGACAAGCAACAGAAACACUAUACACCAAUGGUGUUCACCCAUAUCAAGCUCAGAGUCCAGUAGCAGCACUGGACCCACUACAGCAAGCCUAUGCAGGCAUGCAACACUACACAGGUUGGUCGGCGUACCCUGCUGCCUACGGAUUGGUUGGGCAGCCAUUCCCCCAGCAGCCAACACUGGUUGCCCAGCAACACCAGCAGCCCCAGCAACAGCAGCAGAGAGAAGGUCCAGAGGGCUGUAACAUCUUCAUCUACCACCUGCCUCAGGAAUUCAGUGACUCUGAGAUGCUGCAGAUGUUCUUGCCCUUUGGCAAUGUCAUCUCGGCUAAGGUGUUUGUUGACCGUGCCACCAACCAGAGCAAAUGCUUCGGAUUUGUGAGUUUUGACAACCCAGCCAGCGCUCAGGCUGCCAUCCAGGCGAUGAAUGGCUUCCAGAUCGGCAUGAAAAGACUGAAAGUGCAGCUCAAAAGGCCCAAAGAUGCCAACCGCCCAUACUGA